GGACACGUUGUAGCCUUAAAGAGAGCAUUUUCUUGGGUGUGGUUACGCCCUGUCUUGGUGGUGAGUGUAGUACAAAGGUGGGGCAUGAUCGAGUGCCAAUGGAGUCACUACUCCUAUAAAUUCGACGAUCUACGUCAGUGAAACUUGUAAUGCAGUUCUCGACUUCGUUUGAAUCGGACGUGACAGUGAGAUCGUUGCUUCUUAGAACGUUAUCAUAGUUGAACGUAAUCUAUACGUUUGGGGAACGAUGAUCCAGUAUAUUGUAAUAUUAUCUGGAAUGAUGAGCGUGGUCCUUGGUGCUCCACAAUGGUAUGGACCACAUGCUGGUUAUGGUGGCCAUGCUGCACCGGCUCCACUUGGUCCCGAUGGUCGUGUCGUAGACACUCCUGAAGUAGCUCAAUUAAAAGCCGCACAUUUGUCGGCUUUGGCCGAGGCAAAUGCACGUGCACCGAAAGGACCUGGUCCUGUAUCCGGACCAUAUCCAUCUCAUGCGGGACCUGCUGGUUACGCACCGCAUUACAGUGGACCACCUGCACCAUUGGGACCUGAUGGACGCGUAGUAGACACACCCGAGGUUCAACAAGCGAAAUCGGUACAUUUCUCUCUUUACAAUGCGGAAGCACAACGUGUACCAGCUGGACCAGCUGAUCCAGUUUCAUCCGGUGCCUACGAUCCAUCCUGGAAUAAUAAUGGUGCUUGGAAUCAAGGCUCAUGGAAUAACGGACACAAUUAUUAUUGAAAGGAUUUUUUUUAUUUUUUUUUCUCUUUUCCUUUUUUUUUUUUUUUCUUCUUUCUUUAUUUCUUUGAUCAUGUUCAUUCGACUGCAAUCAAUUUAAAAGAGUAUGCUCCGUUCGCGUAUCUUUUGAAAGUCUACCUCGAGAUAAUAUUCGACUAUUUUAUCUACCUCGUAUCAAGACUAAUCUUAAGAAGAAGAUGAAGAAGAAAUUAUAUAUGCUCUUCGUUUCGACUGA